CACUUAGAGAAGUAAUUUUUCAGGACACAACUUCCCAUUUUAUAUGGAUUUCAAGACCAAACACUACUGGCCUACAGGUAAUUUCUUGCCUCUAAACUGGGCUGAAUUCCUUUCUGUGACUGAUCUACACCUCCGCCAUUGUUGCACUCUUAGCCUCCCACACCUGUUGAUUGAUAGCUGUUACAGCUGUGAUCAUCCUUUCAUAGGGAUUGGGGGAACCAUUAAAUGGAUAGAGAUGUCUAGUUGUUAGACCAUCAGACUAUAGUGAAAUGAUUGUAGCUCCUGUUUUUCAGAGGGUUUGGGGGAAGCAUUUUUAAGGCUUGUGUUUGUUGAAUCAUUUACAGAAAAUCUAGUGUCUGGCACAUAGUAGGCCUUAAUAAAUGUUUAUUGGUUUGACUAGAUUUCUCUUAACAGAAAAAGAGUAAUUGGAUCUCAUGGAUAGAUGGUGAUGGCCCCAGGGGUUGUUUUUGCUUACAGGGUGGGAAGACUGGAGAAACCCUGGAUACAGAUUCAGGUCUUGGGAAUCAGAUUCAGGGUUAGUCUUAUAAGAAAUCAGAGAUAUGAGGCAGGUGGUGACAGAUUGCUGGUCUUAGUAUAAGUAACACCUGAGUUCCAAUCUUGCUUAAGACUGUAGGUAUAAGAACCUGAGUGAGUUAUUUAAAUUAUUUAACCUCCUUCAGUCUCUGUAAAAUGGGUAUAAUAAUAGCAACCUCCCAGGGUUGUUGUUAGGUUCUAAUGAAAUCACAUGUGCAAAGAGCCUUUAGCAAACCUUAAAGAGCUUUGGAAAUAUUAAUUAUUAUUAUGACUGUGUCUGGGAAAGACAUAGGGCAAAUGAACCAGGGCUAUGUUUGUGCAGUGAAAGGGUGCUAACAUUUAUGAAAAGAUACCCAAAUGUAGCCUUUCAGAUUCUUUCUUUCUAUUGCCUCAGGUGUCUAGGCUUUGGGGUAGCUCAUUUCCUUAAUCUAAAUCCUGCUGCCCACACCAGAAACCCAGCUAGUUAACAUUGGUACCUGGUCCAGGACUCUUUCUCAGCCUGGGGAAGUCACUCGUUUGUCUCUCUAGGAUCUUUCUUCUUGGUGCCAUGGCUUUGUGGCAUGGCCCAAGUAACUUUCCUGCCCCAGGCAGCAAGAUUCUUGAGGAUGCUUUGGCUCCCUUCUAGUAGACGGUCCAGAGAUCAGAAAAAGUGAAUCCUGGGCUUUGGUAGGUUUUCUCGGAAGACACUGGUAUCUUCCAGGAAUAGGUGGACAUUCAAUAAAAAUAUCUUCAUUACAAAGAAGACUGAAGCCUCCCUCUGUCUUUACACUUAGUAAGUAUUUAGGAGACUGGUAUGAUCAAGUGGUCCAGGGAAUAAACUCUCUUCAUUGUUUCUGAGGUGUGAACACUUUGUUGUACUCAGAAAGUUCUCAGCUUUAAAGUAACUAAAUGAGACUCUCUGUCUAGAGCUGGUUGGGUACUUUAAGCCCUGAGAAGUGGUCUUGGGUGAGGAUGGACAAAGAUUUUUUCCAUCAAGCUACUUAUUACGAGGUUGUGAAUUCAUAUCGUUCUAACUAGUUGGAUUGAGAAAGGAGAGAUUCCUGGGGAAAGCAUUGUAUAAAAAGCCCCGAAAUGGCUCAGUUUGAGAUUCCCUGCUCAGAAUGUAGACUCCAGCUGCAGCUCUGUUCCUGAUUUCUAGAAGGAAACAAAGAGAAGGUGAAGUCAAGGAUCCAGUCACAUUUCAAGCUGUUUCUGCCACUAACUAGACAAGAUGAUGCUGAACACCAAAGGAGAAGAAGGCUUUGUGGUGAAGGUCCGGGGCUUGCCAUGGUCAUGCUCAGCCAGUGACAUUCAACAAUUCUUCUCAGAAUGCAAAAUUCUAAAUGAGGAAGCAGGCAUUCAUUUCGUCUAUACCAGAGAGGGCAAACUAAGUGGAGAGGCAUUUGUUGAACUCAAAUCUGAAGAUGAAAUCACACUGGCUUUGAAAAAAGAUAGAGAAACUAUGGGGCACAGAUAUGUGGAAGUAUUCAGAUCAAGCAACAUUGAAAUGGAUUGGGUGUUGAAGCAUACUGCUCCAAAUAGUCUUGAUACUGCCAGUGAUGGCUUUGUGCGCCUUAGGGGACUCCCAUUUAGAUGUAACAAGGAAGAAAUUGUUCAGUUUUUUUCAGGGCUGGAAAUCAUGCCAAAUGGGAUAACAUUGCCAGUGGACUUCCAAGGGAGGAACAGUGGCGAAGCCUUCGUGCAGUUUGCUUCACAGGAAAUAGCUGAAAAGGCUCUAAAGAAAAAUAAGGAAACAAUAGGGCACAGGUACAUUGAAAUCUUCAAGAGCAGCCAGGCAGAAGCUCAGACCUAUUAUGAUUUUCCUCGAAAGCUAAUGGCUAGGCAUCGUCCAGGUCCUUAUGACAGACCUCAGGCAGGCAGAGGCUAUAGCACUCUAGGUAGAGGAGUUGGGUUUGCAGGAAUGAGAUGUGGUGCCUAUGAAGCUGGGUACAGAGGCUAUGAUGACUACAACUGGUAUAAUGAUGAUUACUGCUUUGGAAGAUACCUUAAUUUGGAGAUGUCUGAUCAUAGCUAUGGAGACAGCUGGUCUACCUUCAAUCAGAGUCCAGCAGGCCAUUAUGUGCACAUGAGAGGAUUACCUUACAAAGCUACUGAAAAUGAUAUCUGUGAUUUCUUCUCACCACUCAAACCAGUAGGAGCAUACAUUGAAAUUGGACCUGAUGGCAGAGUGACUGGAGAAGCAGAUGUUGAAUUUGCUACUCAUGAAGAUGCUGUGGCAGCUAUGUCUAAAGACAAAGCAAACAUGCAACACAGGUAUAUAGAACUCUUCUUGAAUUCUACAAUCGAGGCAGACAGCAAUGUUUAUGAUCCCCAAAUGGGAGGAGGCAUGAGUUUGUUAAAUCAGUCUACUUAUGGCAUUCCACCUAACCAGGAACUGAAUGAGGGUUACGGAGGAGUCUCUGAAGGUCAUAUCAGCAUGAACAAAUAUGACCAAGUGUUACAGGAAAACUUCAGCAAUUUUUCAUCCCCACAUGGCACAGAGAACCAAGGAGAGGUCAAUAAUGGCUACAACAAUUGGGGAAGCUUUGCAGAUAUGGGAGAGAAUAGAAUGGGAGAAAUAUCUGGCAUAUCCAAUAUGGGAAGUGAAUGUGGAAGAUAUCCUGAUUAUUGAUUUGUCAACUUUUUACAAAAGAAAAAUAAGCUUAUGAUUUAUGCUUAUGGUUAGUGAAAUAAAGGUUGCUUUUUAAAACUUCAGGCAUGAUUUAUUUCAAAUACGGGAAAACCUUCAAUAAGCAAGCUACUAAAGAUUAUGACAAUUUUUCAAGGUAGUUAUAUUGCAUGGAAAACAUGUCAAUAGGAUUAAAACAUUCUUGGUUCUAUUAAAUGUUGCUCUUAAUGCCAAACUACCAGGAAUGCUGAAAUGCAUUUUGGGAAAUAGGUUUUUGAAAAAUAGUUAUUUUUUUAAUUACAUGUAAAUGAAACUUUGUUAUGAAGAUUUCCCCCUCAGCUUGUUGCUUUCCUCCUAUUUUUGGUUUCAUUGGUUUUUAAUUU